AAAUAAAAUGUUUGUCAAUUUGAAUAUAAUUCCUAAGCUAUUGAUAAUAAAAAUACUAAUAAUUAUGGGAACAAUUGGUAUGCAAUAUAUUCUGUGUUGCGAUCGCAGGAACACAGGUAUGCACUCCUGUUUACACGUCUAUCUCGAACGUGACUUCUCGACCAUUCAGGAUCUGAUCCACAAAUCACCGACAGGUCAUGUAGUGAUAGAUCAACGAGAAUUCAUUGAGUUUUGCCAUCAAUUGGAUCAAUUGAAACAGUGUUACGAAGAAUAUCUUCAGAAAUGUGUGUCUUAUGUUAACUUUGCUCAUCUCAAACGUGUCGUCCAUACUGUGGAUUCAGUGUCCAACCAGUUGUGUUCAAAUCAAUCAAACGGUAUGAAACAUUUGAUUGAAAACGGUUACUGUAUUGAGGAAACUCGUAAAACAAUUGAUUGCCGCGAAAAUCAUUUGAUUAGUAGUAGUAAUAGUAAACCAUAUCUAAAGUGGCCGUUAGUUUUGGCCAAAAUGUUACGCUUUGAAGUCGGAGCCGAAGCCUGUCAGCCGUUGAUCAUCUAUAAGGACUGUUUGGCCGCACAGUUAGGUCGACGCUGUGAACCUCAAGCUCAAGGCUUCUGGAAUAAUACGGUUUCACUAAUCAUCAACCAGUGGUGCAAUUCAUCGCCAAAUGAUUUUAAUUUUUUAAAUAUCUUAUUAAUUAUAAUUUGUUUUUUAUUUGUCUAUUUAGUCAAAGUAGAUGUUCAAUAGU